AUUCCAUCUGAAAGCAAAAUUAUAUUACAGUCUCAAUAAGCUAAUAAAUAAAUGGAUAUAUCAGCUGGGAAAUAUUCAUUGAUCUGAUAUGGUUUAAAUGUACUAAAAAUUUUAAUCAUGGCUUUGGUGAGGACAGUCAACAUUGUGCCAAUUUUCUACAAGCAAAUAAAAAUAUAAUAGGUAAGGACGGCACUGAAAAAAUGCAACUUGGCAUGAAGAUAUGCUGGUACUCUUAGAACAAAUUCCGAAUCAUUAUUUGUAGAGAAGAAUUUAUGGGAAAUUUUCUAAAAUCAGUUUCAUGGCUUAAAUGAAAGCUCUGUUUCUCUCAAUGGUUUAUAACACUGAAUGGAAAAAUGCAGUUGAUUUUGCAAUUAAAUAUAUAUGACGAUGUACUACCUGUUUACUUGAAAUUGUGUUAAUGAUUGUCUCUCCAUCCCUAUCCCCAACUUACUCCUGUAACUUUCUCUGUUUCACAGGAAAAAAUUAUGACCUCAGCAUCUAAAGGAAUUCUCCGCCCAUUUUUAAUCGUCUGCAUUAUCCUGGGCUGCUUCAUGGCCUGUCUGCUCAUUUACAUCAAGCCCACCAACAGCUGGAUCUUCAGCCCAAUGGAGUCAGCCAGCUCAGUGCUGAAAAUGAAAAAUUUCUUCUCCACCAAAACUGACUAUUUUAAUGAAACUACUAUUCUGAUUUGGGUGUGGCCAUUUGGGCAGACCUUUGAUCUUACAUCCUGUCAAGCAAUGUUCAACAUCCAAGGAUGCCAUCUCACAACUGACCGUUCCCUCUACAACAAAUCCCAUGCUGUCCUGAUCCAUCAUCGAGAUAUUAGUUGGGAUCUGACUAAUUUACCUCAGCAGGCUAGGCCCCCAUUCCAGAAAUGGAUUUGGAUGAAUUUGGAAUCACCAACUCACACUCCCCAAAAGAGUGGUAUCGAGCACCUAUUCAACCUGACUCUGACUUACCGCCGUGACUCAGAUAUCCAAGUGCCUUAUGGCUUCUUGACGGUGAGCACAAACCCCUUUGUGUUUGAAGUGCCAAGCAAAGAGAAGUUGGUGUGUUGGGUUGUAAGUAACUGGAACCCUGAGCAUGCCAGAGUCAAGUAUUACAAUGAACUAAGCAAAAGCAUUGAAAUCCAUACCUAUGGGCAAGCAUUUGGAGAGUAUGUGAAUGAUAAAAAUUUGAUUCCUACCAUAUCUACUUGCAAAUUUUAUCUUUCCUUUGAAAACUCAAUUCACAAAGAUUACAUCACUGAAAAGCUCUACAAUGCUUUUCUGGCUGGCUCUGUACCUGUUGUGCUGGGGCCAUCUAGGGAAAACUACGAGAAUUAUAUUCCAGCAGAUUCAUUCAUUCAUGUGGAAGAUUAUAACUCUCCCAGUGAGCUAGCAAGAUACCUGAAGGAAGUUGACAAAAACAAUAAGUUAUACCUUAGUUACUUUAACUGGAGGAAGGACUUCACUGUGAAUCUUCCACGAUUUUGGGAAUCACAUGCAUGCUUGGCUUGUGAUCAUGUAAAAAGGCAUCAAGAGUAUAAGUCUGUUGGUAACUUGGAGAAAUGGUUUUGGAAUUAAACUUUUCCAUAAUUUUCACACUUGCUAAAAUAUUUUGUUGAGAUGUGAUGCAAAUUUUCAGGAUAAGAAGAAAGCAUUCUGCUUUUCUGUCACAACUUAUUUUUACCACCCUCUGUUGGAUUAACAUGUAUAUUUUGAUGGAGAUUUUUAAGAGCUCAGCAUUAGCAAUCAUUCCAUUUGGUUUUAAAUUAUCCUGUAUAUACCUAAUUGUGUGUAUUGAAAAUAAUUUAUUCUUCGCUAUCAUUUUUAAACAUUGUUUUUCCCUCACAUUUUUGUAGUUGUAACCUAAGUUUGUGAUUUGAUUCUUGUGUUUCUACAUUGAUCAUAUCUUUAUUAUGGGAAAUGAAGAUGAACUUCUUAAAAUACCACAAAGGAUUUUCACUAAAUACUAUAAUCUCUGGUUUCAAGUUGGCAUAAUAUAACAAAGGAAGAGUGUAUAGUAAUUGAAUUCUAACCUCUUUGACUUCA